UGUGUGUCUCUUGCUUUCUUUCUCUCUCUCUUAGACUGAACCUUGGUCAGAGUCUGACACACAACAGAGGAAGGUGUGGUCUCCAACAACAAGGCAAAGAGUCUCACUAACAGUGUGCAAAGCCUCACUGCCAGUUACAAAAACAUAGUAAUUAAUACAGCAAUAAGGUUGCUACACACGUUAAUACACAUGCAUAUAGAGAAGCUGAGUCAACCACGUUGUUUUGCCACUCAUGCACAUGUUAGCCAGACUUCCCUGUUUUGUUUCCCUAUUUAAAACAAAAACUUGUUCAAGUUUUUGUUUUAAAUAGUUUAAAACUCAUUUUUUUGGUCAACAUCCAACAAAAGCCUUAUAGUUGACUUGGUGUAACCUGAAAUCUAAUCCAUGUUUAUUAUUAGUUAUUAUUAUUACUAAUAAUAAUAAUAUUAAUAAUAAUGAGAAAACAUGACAUAGCCACACUUUCACCAUACAAGGAGACGACAGGCUCCCUCCCUCCCCUCUCUGUCAGGUGGAAGGCUCACCUCUGUGGUCAUGUGACACCUCCAUGAGCUGCACCUGGCUAAAGGUGGACUGCUUUGUGCCUCACCGACUCUAACUUUACUCCCUCCGUCAGAGAACUUGCCUGUUGACUUUUUCCCCACCAUCUGCGAGUGAAAUUGGAAUAUUUUAUCACUUUCCUCCAACAUGUCUAUCAGUCGGAAAAACUGGUCGGCUCUGUCCAGCCUAGCUCGUCAGUGGACAAUGGAGGAUGAGGAGGAAGUGGAGCGAGAGAGGAGGAGGAGGGUGAAGAGCAGCAGCACGACCAACCAAGAUGGGGACUCCAGCCCCACACCCGGGACGCCACCAACAAGUGGAGGCACCUCUGGGACCGAAUCUUCCACUGAGACAUCUCAUGGCCUCAGCAGUGUUGAGCAGAUACAGCUGGACUUUGUGGAGAUGCUGCGGACGCGUGAUGAAAAAAGGAGGAUGAGGCAAGUGGAGGCAUUAAGGCGGCAGAAAGAGGAAGAAGAGGGUGAUUCAAAGGAAGGCAGAGGAGAAGGAGGAGAAGAAGAUGCAAUGGUGGUCCUUCUUGGGGAGUUGGAUGAGGAGAAGGGCAAUGUGUACAAACCACAACUGCCAACUAAAACAUCUUCUUACAGUCCCACCAGCAGCGACAACAGCAGUACUAGAACUAGCAGUACAAAAACACAACAUGAAAAUGAAGAGUCAUCCAUCAGAGAGCCUGCACCUAAACCCAAACCAGCCUCCAGCUCAGCGCGCAAGUUUGUCAGCUCUGUGUCCAUUUCCCUUGACAACCCUCCAUCUGGCCGUACGACUCCCAUGAGCCCUGGUUCUCCGUCAGCACCUUUGUCCCCCCGGGAUCCGUUCCCCUCACCCUGCCAAAGCCCCAUUCAGAAUGGACAUGCACAGGAGGUCAGCUCCAACGGCUCUUCCACCACUGGGAAAUUUGAACAGGCAGCCAAACCUGCCUUCAUCAGACAGAGCUCCAGGACCAUAUCUUUCAGGAUGAUGAAAAAGAAGGAAGAGGAGAGCGCGCCGCUCCAGAGGAGUGCCAGUGUCCGAAUGGCAUCGAAGAAGUUUGAAGCAAAGACAGACCAUAACGAAGAUGAGGAUAAGGGAUCUUUCCAGAGAAACUCUAGGCAGAGGGUCUCGUCCAGAUCCAUCAAGGAGAAGAUGGAGCGUCUUGCUCAGGCAGCACAGAAAUCUGAAGUGCCACGCUCUCCGGAUGUGACCCAGAGGACCCUGUUCCUGCUGGAGGAAGUCUCAAGGAAACGAGGCUUGUUUGAGAAGGAUCAGCAGGCACAGAGCCCCACCAGCCCUGGAGUUUCCAGAAGUGAAUUUAGAAGCUUCACAUCAGGAAUGUCAGAUCGCAUCAACACCUGGCUCAACAAGACCAAUCAACCAGGGUCUCCACUCAGCCUUGACCUGAGAAAUGUGGACAUCAGCAGCAAAAGGAGCCUCUUUGAGAACCGAGGGGAGGAAAGUGCCUCAAAAAUCAGUUCUGGAAAACACCAGAAGUGAACGGUAGUUACCUAAACUGCCUCCUCGCCCAAAAAGAAGGAAGACGAAGUCUUGGAUGUCGACGGCCGACCUUUUGGCUUCUUUAUUUUUUAUUUUUUCACCGCUGAAGCACACAAGAGGGAGAAAUAAAACAGUCCCGCCUAGAAGGAUCCUUCUUUUCCGCUUUUUUAGGCUCUUACCUUACUCUUUGCAUUGCUUAUUUGUGUAUGACUUGUUUUGCAUUCUAAAAAUAAGAUGAAUAUGCUUGAUUGACUUGUAAUAAGUAAAUAAAUAAUUUGAAAGCAAAUGUGGCAAAAUGAGAGCAUCGCCACUGAAAUUGAAAUUACGCAGUCGUUUGCUUUACUUUUAAUUCACUUUUCAAGCACUUUAAACUGGGGGAGGUCUUCAGGCUAAUGAUGUUUAUUGAAUGCAAAAGUUGUAAUUUAAAGAAUUUUGUCUCCUCUUAGAUUUGGACUUGUGGACCAAUUCUGCCUGUCAAAGAAAUAAAAUGUUUUCCUACAGAAAGUGUCUGUGGC